AUGCCUUCCCGUGGCGCAUGCCUGGGAAAUUUGAAUGCAGAUCAAGGGGCUGAUCUAGAAUACUUACAAAGGCUUCAAAGCCCUAGAAUCACUUCAGGGAGUAUACCAUAUGGCUGGCGACUGCGUCUAAGCAAGAUCAUCAGUCUCCCACAGACGGAUCUCGACAAUGACAUUCACCCUCUUUUCCAGAGCAGCAGAUGGCCAGACCUCAGGCCAGAAGAUUACACCCUGCUACUUCCCGCCCUCCGAAUCGCAUCAAAAUUUAUGAGCGAGCCCGUAAUUCUAAAAUGGUGGAAGCACACUCUAUUCGGCGAAGUAAAACUCGACAAAACCCGCAGACGCUACUUGGCAAGCACACCCUACGAAACCAGCAACUAUGCAAACAACGAACUACAUGUCCUCCUCAUCAAAAAACUGCCUCACGUACUAGAACUUAUGUUUGAAAACCUCGACAAAAAUACGUCACGCACAGAUGGCUGCGCAUUUGGCAGCAACGCAGCAUAUAUCAAAUUCCGCCACGACCUCGUAAUGGCGCCUGUAUACCCCUUCUUCGACACGCCACGCAUCCUACUGCACUCCCAGUACUGGUUCAGUCUCAAGUACCUCUUGAGCCACGGCGGCUCCGCUCACGAACUAAAAACUGUAUAUCUACGAAUGGCCAUCACUCUUUGCCACGAACUCACGCACGUGGUUUGGCAUUAUCGUAUCAGCAGGCAAGUCAUGCCUUGGGCCCUUGAAAUCGACUCCAAAGAGCCUCUCCACCAAGCCUCUGACCGCCUCGCCGAAUUCGGUCAUUCCUGGGAACACUACGUUUUCGGCGGUAGCAUCUGGACUCUGGAUCGCCCAGGCUUCUUCACUACAUUCUACAAACCGCACAAUCUCGGCGCUGCAGCAUCGUCGUUUUCAAACGCGUGCGUUGUGGUGCCGCAUUGGUGGAUUAACAUGUGGUCGUCAACGGGAAUGUGGAGUCAGUUUGAAGAUUUGUAUAGGGGAGGCGAGAUCAGACUGCCUGGGAUGUGGGAGAGCGGGUAUAGUUUGUGCCAGGGAAAAACGGACGAGGGUUGGACGCUGCAUAAGCGGGGCGUGGCUCAGUUGGGUGGGUGCCGGACGCCGGAGGCGAGUGUGUUUUAUCUGUGGCAUGUGGUGAGGCCGAUACUGCAGGUUAUGCUUGCCGAUAUGCAGAGCAUGGGCGGUUCGAGGGUGAUGCGGAGGCUGCAUACGGAGUUUUAUGAGCUCCUUAGGGAGACGCAGUAUGUUGAUGAGUCUAGCCCGGAGACUUUUCGUCUGAGGAGGAGAUAG